GCGUCCUGUCUCUCCGCUCAGUCCGCUGCUGCUGAAGGAAGGCAGGGAGGAUUAAACUCACUAAAAGUUGCAUUAAAAUAAAAUCUAUCCUCCCUCCAGCCCCAGACCCCCGGUACCGCCUCUCCUCCUCCGCGGGAUCAGAGCUCCUCUGCGGCCGGUGCUCACGGCUGAAGCGCGGGGGAUCAUCAGCGGAGCAUGGCGCUCACAGGGCUGCUUCUAGCGGCGGCUGCGCUCGGCUCGCUCGGGCCGGGACUGCUGGCUCAGGACGCGGUCAGGAACAGAUUCAGAGAAUGCCCGGUGGACCUGUUCUUCGUGCUGGACACAUCUGAGAGUGUGGCCCUGAGAGCCAAACCGCCAGAGUUUUACAUCAACCAGCUCAAGACCUUCACUAAGAAUUUCAUCGAUGAGCUGAAGGACGUGCGGCAGCCGUGUGAUCGCUAUGUGACGUGGAACUCUGGAGCUCUGCACUACAGUGACGAGGUGCAGCUGAUCGAGGGUCUGAUGGACCUGAAGACGAGGAGCAACGAUCUUAAAAGAUCCAUAGAUGCCAUCAAAUACAUCGGCAAGGGAACCUACACUGACUGUGCCAUCAAGGAGGGCAUCGCUGAGCUGCUCAGAGCGGGAUCCCACUACAAUGAGAAUAAGUAUAUAGUGGUUGUGACGGACGGUCACCCCGUCACAGGCUAUAAGGAGCCCUGCGGAGGAAUCCAGGAGGCGGCCAACGAGGCCCGGCAGCACGCCAUCAAAGUGUUCGCUGUGGCCAUCAGCCCCGACCAGGAGGAUACCAGACUGUCCGUCAUCGCUACAGAUCAAAGCUACAGACAGAACUUCACCGCUGCAGACAACGCCCGCUCCACCACCAUGAACACCAUUCGCACCAUCAUUCACAUGAUCACCAAUGAAACUAAGGAUGUGUGCUGCACCUUUGAGUGUAAUGCUCCUGGAGGCCCUGUUGGUCCUGGUGGAGAAGCAGGAUAUAGAGGCGAGACAGGAAGACCGGGGAUGCCAGGAGAGAAGGGAGACACUGGGCCUGUGGGAAAUGCUGGAGAUCCCGGGCCGGUUGGAUACCAAGGCAUGAAGGGAGACCAAGGAGUGAGAGGUGAAAAGGGAGAGAGAGGACACAAGGGUUUUAAGGGAGAUAAAGGACACCCGGGAAGAGACGGGACUGAUGGGCGUAAGGGAGAGCCGGGGUACGCCGGGCUGCCGGGCUGCAAAGGGUCUUCCGGUCCAGACGGUUUACAAGGAGAGCAAGGACCUAAAGGAGACCCUGGUCCUUAUGGACCCAAAGGAGAAAAAGGUGAGACUGGCAAAGAUGGCGGCCCAGGAAGACCUGGUAACUACGGCGCUCUUGGAGAUAAGGGUGACAGAGGACCCAGAGGAGCCAAUGGGGAUAAAGGCGAGAGAGGAGAUGAUGGACCACCAGGACCGGACGGCCCACGAGGAGAUAGGGGUUUAGCAGGAGAGAAGGGUGAGCAGGGGUCUCGAGGAAGCCGAGGACCCAGAGGAGAGCCUGGUGAGCCUGGUCCUCGGGGCGAGCAGGGACGAGAGGGAUCAGCAGGACCCAAUGGAGACCCAGGUCAGGCAGGAAGAGCUGGAGCUCCAGGUUACCGUGGUGAUGAGGGUCCCCCAGGACCAGAGGGCCCUAAAGGACCCAGAGGGAUUAAAGGAGCCCCUGGAGACAGAGGUCUGAUGGGAGAGAGGGGAGGAGAUGGACCACAAGGAAACGGAACAGAGGGUUGCCAUGGUUUCCAGGGUUAUCCUGGUCCCAGAGGAGAUCCUGGAGAACCUGGAAGCAGAGGAACCCCUGGGCCCAAAGGAGACGAUGGAGAAGCUGGUGAUCCUGGAAUAGAUAACGACCAGCCGGGUCUGCGCGGACCCAAAGGAGCCAAAGGCCAUCGAGGACCUGAAGGAAAAUCUGGACCACCAGGACCACCUGGGCCUGCAGGAGCUGAUGACUGCGAGAUCCUGGAUAUAAUCAUGAAGAUGUGCUCUUGUUGCGAGUGUAAGUGUGGACCCCUGGACAUUGGCUUUAUUGUGGACAGCUCUGAGAGUAUCGGCGCCACCAACUUCGCCAUCGCUAAAGACUUCAUCAUCACUGUGAUUGACAGGCUGAUGAAGGAUCAGCAAGUCAGAUUUGGUACGAAUGAGUCCCGCGUUGGCGUGGUGCAGUACAGUGGAGCCAGCGCACAAGAGGCUGUGAGGCUUGGUGACCCCAACAUCAAUACCCUAACUGACCUGAAGCAGGCUGUUAAAGAGCUGCGCUGGUUGGCCGAGGCUACGUACACCGGAGAGGCUCUUCAGUUUUCUCUGGAUAAUAUGAUUGAGCGGCUGGUGAAGGAGAAGAGCAUAGUGAUCGUUCUGACCGAUGGCCGUUCAGACACCACCAGGGACAAGGUGCCUCUAAAUGUGCUGUGCGGUAAAGGGCUGAAGGUUGGAGGUGUGGGUGUUGUAGACUAUGCAGGGAGACAACCCAGAGAAGAGCAGCUGGAUCAGGUGGUCUGUCUGGAUGAUCCCAGGAAAGGGUUUUCCUUCGUCCUCGACAACUUUGGGAUGCUCCUGGACGAUAGCUUCCUGCAGAAUCUGACUGACAGAAUGUGUGAAGAUAAGAAAUGCCCCACUUACACUUGUCCAAUUUCCUUCAAUGAGAAUACAGAUAUCCUCAUUAUGAUGGACAGCUCGGCUAGCGUGGGUUCCAAGAACUUCAAGAUGACUCAGGACUUCACCAAGAGGCUGGCCGAGCGCUUCCUGUCCGCAGAGCGGCAAAGAACCGUGCAGGUCCGCGUCGGAGUCGGCCAGUACAGCAGCAGCGCCAAGAUCGAAGCUGAAUUUUCCUCCAACACCACUCAGGUGACUGCCCAGAUCGAGGAGGCCACCUUCCAGAACGCUGGUACCCAGGUGACGGAGGCUAUGACCUUCGCCAACACCCGCUUCAGAGGCGGCAGACCCAGGAAGAAGAAGCUGCUGCUGUUUUCAGACGGCCGUUCACAGGGAAUCAACACCGUGCAGAUAGAAAAGGCGGUGGAGCAGCUGAACACCAAUGGCAUCGAGCUCUACGUUCUGGCUGUUGGCAAUCAGGUGAACGAAGCCAACCUUCGCGCCUUGGUGAGUCGGGGGCGUCCCUACGACAACACGUACGCCUACCGCCAUCUCUUCAAAGCCCCCGACUACCGCGCCAUGCUCAGGGGGGUCUUUUACCAAACUGUGUCACGAAAGAUUUCACUGGUCUGAAGGGGGAGAGAGUGAGUGUGGGUAAAAUAAAAAAAUACGAAAAUACGAAAAAAAGAAAUUUGAAGAUAAUUGGGAAGUUGGUGGGGCAAAAAAAACUUUUCGGGGGUAUUAUAGAGAGUAUAGAGUAUAAAGUAUAGAGGGAGGGGGGGCAGUAGAGCACAACAAGUAUUUUCUCAAUUCGAUUUUUCUUCAUUGAUUUUCAUUCGAUUGUGACUCAUAUCAGAAUUUACAUCAUGUAGGGUUUCUCAUAGUCAGUGAUUUUUUUUUUUUUUUUUUUGCUUUUAAAGUGACAAGAUAAUGAUUCUGUCCAAUAAUGAUAGAAAUGGUUAAUAAAUGACAGUCUUUAGAAAAGGGAAAGAGAUUAAGAUGAAAAUCUCACAAAAAUCUCACAAUCAAGACAUAUCGACAUAUAGUAAUGUGCUUUUGUUGGCCCCUAGUUGAUUGUUUGGUGCUUUGAGCUAUUUGACCUAUUCGUAUACAUUGGACGAUACGUUUUACUUUUUAGAAUGUGUCCUUAUCCUGAAUGUUUAAUGUAGGGAUGCACCGAUCUCUUAUUAGGAUCGGAAAUAUCAAUGACAUCAUAUGUGCCAUUUAGAAUUGGCUGAAUCGACUGAUGGAUAAUAAAAUUAGGCAGAUUUAUAGUAUCCUGUUACUAACUAUCAGAGAGUAAUCCAGCUCAGAAAAACAGCCCAACUGUUAGUAGCGUCACGGCUCCACCCCAGCUAAGCCUGGCUGUUGUGAUUAGCAUUGUGAUUAGCCUCCUCCAAACCUGCUAAGGCCUUCUGUGCUGUGUCUGUUAGCAUAGCAGCUCCACCUCAGCCGAGCCUGGAUGUCAGCAUCACUGCUAAUCUGCUCAAAACCUGCUGAAGUUAGCUGCUUUGUCUGUAUCUGCAGUGUGGUUCCAAGCCGAGGAGAACUCAGAUGUUAGCAUUGCUAAGGCUAACUUCUGUGUAUCUGUGUAUCGGCAUCGUGGCUCAAAUCCAGCCGAGACUGGCUGUUAGCAUUGCGGCUAACCGACUGAAACACUGAAACGUUUAUGUAUCUGUUUUGAUAUCCGAACUAAAACACCACGAUCGGUGCAUCCCUACUUUUAUAUAUUUGAAAACCUUUCAUGUUUGCUGGUCAAGAGUUGAGCCUCUCUCUAUGAGAUGAUGUGUAAACUGAGUCAAUCUCCCUGCAAAUGCUGAAAUACACCUUUUUUAAGUUUAAGUAAGAACUUACAUUGUAUUUUUCUUAAAUCUGGGGUAAAAACAAAUCUAUCAAAGUUCCAUUUAUCUCAUUUUUGAAUUCCAUUAUGUAUCACUUGAAUGGAAAUUUGGUGCUAACAGUGUUCACUCAGGCUCCUCACGUAAAUACAAAAGCACACUUGCUUUAAAUUUGUUCCUGCCUUUAACCAAAGAGAUUUUUUUUUACCACUAGAAUUGUAUAAAAUUUUAUAUGUGUCAGAAAUGUAAAAUGUAAUGUCAUUUGGAAACAGCUUUGAGGAUGCUGUCGAGGUAUUUUCAAUAAAGAAUGCUUCACUCCA